GGCGCAUGCUCGCACGAAGGCGUCUCUAACUUCGCUUCCGGUGGCGGGUCGCUCGCGAGGUGCUUGAGUUACGAAAUUGCGUUCAGAGCUGCGGGAAGGGUUGGGCCGCGUCUUCUGUCCAUCGGUCAUCGCCAGCAUUCAAAGUAGAACCUGAAGGUAUGAGUGAUUUCAGUGAAGAAUUGAUAGGGUCCAAGACAGAGGAUGAGCAGGAGGAAUCAUAUGUAUUCUCUGGUACAGGAAUGUCUUUUCCUUGGCUCCAAAAUCAUAUAGGGACUAUUGCAACCGGAGGAAAAAAGGAGAAGGAUUUUGCCCAGACAACAAGUGCUUGUUUGAGUUUCAUCCAGGAAGCACUGCUGAAGCACCAGUGGCAGCAAGCUGCCGAGUACAUGCACAGUUACCUCCAGAUCCUGGAGGACUCGGACAGCCACAAGAGGCAGGCCGCUCCCGAGAUUAUUUGGAAGCUUGGAAGUGAAAUUCUAUUUUAUCAUCCCAAAAGCAACAUGGAGACUUUCAAUACCUUUGCAGACAGGAUGAAAAACAUUGGGGUCAUGAAUUACUUAAAGAUCUCCUUACAACAUGCUUUAUACCUUGUGCAUCAUGGAAUGCUUGAAGAUGCAAACAGAAAUCUCAGUCACGCAGAGACAUGGAGAUACGGUGAAAAGUCGUCUUCCCAGGAAGUGUUAAUCAACCUUAUUCAGGCAUAUAAAGGGCUUUUGCAGUAUUAUACUUGGUCUAAAAAGAAGUUGGAAUUGUCUACACUUGAUGAAGAUGAUUACGCUUACAACGCAGCGUCCCAGAGCAUGCUCAACCACAGCUGCAAGACAUCUGUAAACCUUGGUGCAUUGAUUCAAACUCCUGGAGUUUGGGACCCUUUUGUGAAGAGUUAUGUAGAGAUGCUGGAAUUCUAUGGGGAUCGAGAUGGAGCCCGAGAGGUGCUCACCAGUUACGCCUAUGAUGAGAAGUUCCCAUCAAAUCCAAAUGCUCAUGUCUACUUAUAUAACUUUCUGAAGAGAGAAAAGGCACCAAGAGAGAAACUGAUAAGUGUGCUUAAGAUUUUGUAUCAGAUUGUACCAUCUCAUAAAUUGAUGUUAGAAUUCCAUAGAUUACUGGGAAAGUCAGAAAAAGAAGACCACCGUAAACUGGGAUUAGAGGUCAUAUUUGGAGUCUUAGAUUUUGCUGGAUGCACUAAAAAUAUAACUGCUUGGAAAUACUUGGCAAAAUAUCUGAGACAGAUUUUAAUGGGGAAUCACCUUGCCUGGGUUCAAGAAGAGUGGAACUCCAGGAAAAACUGGUGGCCAGACUUUCACUUCAGCUCCUUUUGGGCAAAAAGCGACUGGAAAGAGGAUAAAACAUUGGCUUGUGAGAAAGCUUUGGUAGCUGGAAUAUUGUUAGGAAAAGGUUGCAGAUAUUUUCGGUUUAUUUCCAAACAAGAUGAUGAAGUCUUAAGGAAAAAAAUUAAGCGGAUAAAGAAGUCAGUGGAAAAUCACAGUAUUGUAAAUCCAGGACUCUGAUGUUGAAUACUAGUUAUUUCAGAUGAGGAGCUACAGAAUAGUAGCUCAGUGGGUAAUUGCUGAAUGUAUUAUUUAUCUGGUGUUUCUAGGAGGAGAGUUUAUAUGGCUGCCAAAAACUUAUUUUUAUAUUUUUCUGUAUUUUUUUAUUAUAAUUAUAUGUAAAGAAACAGUCUCAGUGCCUUUGUUCUUUGUAAGUACAUAUUUUUCCUUGUUUAUACUGUGAAGUAUAAUAUUUAUAAUGGAAUAAUCUCCAUAUAAGAAAUAUAUUUGUUUAAUGUAUAGAGAGUACAGCUGUAGAGCAGUGACUGCCAUUUGCGAAUAAUGUGCUUCUGACUAUUGUGUAAUAAACACAACUUGUAUUGUUAAGUGAA